UGUAAAAUAAUAUAAAAGAUAAACUAUUUUAACGACCUAAGUGUCACCACUUCACUGUGGUGAUAUAAAUACUGUAAAGUUGGAAAAUUUUGUAAAAUUGUAGUGUUUUUUUUUUGUUUUAACAUUUCAUUUGUUUAAACAAAAAGUAAAAGAAAAUUAUAAAUUUCAAUUUAUACCAGUGUUAAAUAUUAGUCAAAAUUGCUGCCAUGGGUAGGAAGAAAAUACAAAUUUCUCGCAUCACGGAUGAACGAAAUAGACAGGUGACUUUCAAUAAACGCAAAUUUGGCGUUAUGAAAAAGGCCUAUGAACUUUCGGUGUUAUGUGAUUGCGAAAUUGCGCUGAUUAUCUUUUCAUCUAGCAAUAAAUUGUACCAGUAUGCCAGUACCGAUAUGGACAAAGUAUUAUUAAAAUACACCGAAUAUAAUGAACCUCACGAAUCAUUGACGAACAAAAAUAUUAUUGAGAAAGAAAAUAAAAACGGUGUAAUGUCACCGGAUUCACCAGAACAAGAAACUGACUUCACACUAACGCCCCGCACCGAAGCUAAAUAUAAUAAAAUUGAUGAAGACUUUCAAAUGGUUAUGCAACGCAGUCAACUGGUCGGUGGAGAUAGACGAAAUAUGCCAAAUUCUAAUUAUACGUUACCAGUAUCAGUACCAGUAGCCGGUUCUUAUGGAGAAGCAAUGCUGCAAGCCAGUCCGCAAAUGUCCCACACGAACAUAAGUCCCAGGCCAGCUAGUUCGGAUUCAGGUGGGAUGUCAUUGAUAAUUUAUCAAUCGGGUUCCAUGUUGGAGAUGUCAAAUGGUUAUCCACAUUCACAUUCGCCACUUGGUGGAUCACCAAGUCCGGGUCCAAGUCCUGGCUUAGCACAUCACUUGCCGCAUAAACAACAGUCCCCGGGCAGUCAAAAUGGACGUGCUUCCAAUUUACGCGUUGUCAUACCAACACCAGCAAUUGCUCAAAACAUGUCAGCGCCAGAUGAUAUUUCGUAUGCAGAGCGACAUAAUCAGACAUCACUGAACACACCUGUUGUUACGCUGCAAACACCAAUUCCUGCGCUCACGGGUUACUCAUUUGCACCACAAGAUUUCUCUAUAAGUUCUGCUGAUGUCAUGAGUUUACCUUCGUGGCCCUCGCAUCAAAGCCUGGUGCAGCAUUCAAGUCUGUCACAUUUAGCUGUUUCGAAUAGUACACCUCCACCCGCCUCCUCACCCAUACAUAUAAAAGUGAAAUCCGAGCCACAAUCCCCACCGCGUGAUCUCUCUGGUGGCCAUCAGCAAAAUAGUAAUGGUUCUGCGGGAAGUGUUAGUAGCAGUGCUAGUAGUAGUGGUGGAGGCAAUCUUGGCAUAGGUGGUUGUAAUAGUAACAGCAAUGCAUUAUCGAUUACUGGCAUGAAUAGUAGUGGUGUUAUAUCAGGCGGAGGUAAUGGUGGAAAUGGUACUACUGGUAGUACAAAUGGUUCUAUAGAACAAGCUGCUAAUUUGAGUGUUUUAGGUCAUUCGCAACAGCAUCUUGGCAUGUCAGGAUCUCGUCCUUCAUCUACUGGUCAUUUGACGCCAACUCCUGUGCUAGAUAAAUAUGAAGGAUAUCCAUACCGCUCCCAACUGGGUCCUAAUUCUAGAUUAUGGAAUUUAGCCGAUUUUAUUAUUUUUAAUACAGGUUCCGUAACGCCCACCAAUGUGCCAUCGCCAGAUUUACGUUUGGCAGCAGCCGGCCUCAAUCAUCAGCAACAGCAGCAACAGUGCAAUGACUAUGAUGGUGGUCCAAAUCAACCGCACAAACGUCCCAGAAUAUCAGGUGGCUGGGCAACAUAGCCACAUGGUACACAUGGUACACACCUGCAUGCAAAUAAUAAUUUGUCAAAUAAUGCAACAUCAACAAAAUAUCAAUUACAUCACAAAAUGACUAACUCUAACACAACCAAUAAUACUGAAAAUUCAGCAACAUACAAUAUGAACUACAACAAUAGCAGUAAUGUUAACAAUAACAUUAACAAUAACAGCAGCAUUAACAGUAACACCCAACAGCAUAUGUUGACCGUACCUCAAAUGCGUUACCGUGGCUUUAACAGUAACAAUUAUAAUAGCAGCAACAAAUACAACAAUUUAAGCUACAAAGCACUUCAGCAG